UGCCGGAAUUUACACGAUGAAACAACUCGUUUAUAAAUUAUAAUCUGAAAACUGAAGCGGACUGUUCAUCAACUCAAACAUUCUGCGUCGUAUUGUCGCCUUUAAAAGCAUCAGUGAGACUUUCUUAUGAAAUCAAGUCUCUGUGUCUGGAGCGAUCGAAUCUUAAGAGAAGUGAUCGACUGAACAAAAGUCUCUCUGAGGAUCAACUCUGUCAUAAUGUGUGAAGAUGAUGGAGACAAUCAGAGAUGAACUCAGGUUUGGCUGAUGAGCAGAGAGGAAGAUGAAGAUGUGUGAUUAUAUGAUGAAGAUCUGUGAUGUGAGGAUGAAGAUCUUGAUGUGAUAAUGAAGAUCGGAGUCGUGAUGCUGCUGAUGUUCAGUUGUGUGUUUUCUGCGCCGCUGAACAAAACACACUCUUGUCCUUCAGAAGCACACAAUCAGUGUUCACAAACAUCAGAUCUCACCUCUCACAUCUCACAGAGAUCAUCUCAACAUCAUCUGCUCCAGUCUCACGCAAACAAACAUCUGGACGGAACACAACACUCUGACAUUGUUUUCAGACAGAAGAGAUCUGUGCGAGGGAGAGGUGUUGUGCGUAAGACGGACAGGAGGAAUCGUGGAGGAGCGUCUGGAUGUGCGCUCAGGCGGGUUCAGUUGAGAGUGUCUGAUCUGGGUUUGGGUUUUAAGAGUCCAGAAGAGUUUGUGUACACUUACUGCAGCGGCGUGUGUGUAAACUCUCUCACAAACUACGACAAGAUCCUCACCAGCCUCAAACCCCUUCUGAUCAAGUCCCCUCCAACCGCCUGCUGUCGACCUAUCGAAUACGACGAUGACCUGUCGUUUCUGGAUGACAAUCUGAUAUAUCACACAAUGGAGAAACACUCGGCACGGACAUGUGGCUGCGUGUAGUGUUUCUCAAACAUGAAGCCUCCAGAUGACCUAUACGCUCUUAAAAAGGACGUGUUCAUAUUAACACACUCUUUGCGUUAUGCUAUUUAACACAUGUUAUUUUGUGUAAAGUAAAGGGACAGCAAAUACAAAACCAGCAUUAA